AUGUCGGAUCGUGCUAUCCCUCGUUCGUACCGUAUGAUGCAAGGCUUCGGUGUCAAUACCUACUGUCUUGUGAAUGACAAGGGGCAGAGGCAUUUUGUCAAGUUUCAUUUCACACCGGAGCUCGGGGUUCAUUCUCUCGUCUGGGACGAAGCGCUGAAGAUUGCAGGUCAGGAUCCUGACUUCCAUCGGAAGGAUCUGAUGGAUGCCAUUGAGGCAGGCCACUAUCCCAGGUGGAAGUUCGGCAUCCAAGUGAUUCCAGAGGAGAAGAAGGAUGACUUUGAGUUCGAUAUCCAGGAUGCAACCAAGAUCUGGCCGGAAGAACUUGUGCCAAUCCAGUACAUUGGACAGCUGGAACUGAAUCGCAAUGUUGACGAGUACUUUCCCCAAACCGAGCAAGUGGCUUUCUGCACAAGCCAUAUCGUGCCCGGUAUUGAUUUCUCGGACGAUCCCCUUCUUGUGGGCCGCAACUUCUCCUACUUCGAUACCCAGAUCUCUCGUCUGGGACCUAACUGGCAAGAAUUGCCAAUCAAUCGUCCCGUAUGUCCGUACAUGAGUCUGGUCAACCGGGAUGGCCAGAUGAGACACCGCAUCACAAAGGGCAAGGUGAACUAUUGGCCUAACAGGUUCGAUGCGAAUCCCCCAUCCUCUCCAGCCCAUGGGGGAUUUGCGACCUACCCUGAGAAACAGCGGGGCGUGAAAGCACGUGCACUGUCAGACAAGUUCAGCGAGCAUUUCAACCAGGCUCAACUGUUCUACAACUCUCUCAGCCCCAUAGAAAAGCUCCAUGUCUCCAAAGCAUUCUCCUUCGAGUUGGACCAUUGCGAUGAGGAGAUUGUGUAUAAGCGUCUCUCGGAACGACUGGCCGUCGUUGACCUCCAGCUGGCGAAGACUGUUGCGAAGAAUGUCGGAGGCAAUACGCCGACCAAGGCACCAAAGGAGAACGAUGGAAAGACAUCGAAAGGCUUGAGCCAGUUCGACUACCUUUCUGACACCGCGCAGAUUACUACUCGCCGAGUUGCCAUCCUCAUCGCGGAUGGCUUCGACCUCAACUCAUACGGGGACAUGAAGAGCGCUUUGCAGCAGCAAAAUGCAUUUGUAUUCACCAUUGGAUCCCAGCGCCAGGGUGUCACCUCCGGAUCAGGGGAGAAGGUGAUUCCCGAUCACCACUUCCCAGGAAUGCGUUCCACGCUCUUUGACGCGACUUUCGUACCCGGUGGAAAACACGUUGAUGUGCUGGCGAAGAACGGCAUCGCUAAGCACUGGAUUGCUGAGUCCUUUGCACACUUGAAGCCUAUUGCUGGCGUAAACGAAGCAGUGGACUUCAUCCGGAAGCAAAUCAACCUAGAUGCGGUCAAAUAUGCCUCGGAUGGUCAAGUUAAAGAGAGCUAUGGAGUGGUGACUGCCCAUGGCGCACCUGCGCAGCUAUUGCAAGUAUCGUCCAAUAUUGGUAGCGAGAGCAAGGGAUUCAUCGACCAGUUUAUCUGGCAAAUCUCAAGGCACAGGAACUGGCAGAGGGAGUUAGAUGGCUUGGUGGAUGAGAUCGCUGCAUAG